AUCCUUCUACGAAGCCUAUAUCAGCAGACUGUCAGGCACGUUCGAUUCAUCUACAAUCUUCAUAGCAGCUUCGAAAAGUUUGUACCUCAACUACAUACAAAAUGCCUACCGAAGCGCACGUUAUUGCUGGCCACAAGGCGAAUAUUCAUAACCCAAAUACCUCAGACGGAGCCAAGGAGCAUUCCAAGGAGGUCCUAAAGGAUGAGCACAACAUCAUCAUGGAUGGAGACCAAGCCAAGAACCUCAGCAAUGUUGCUGCGGGUCUGAAAGGAGCAAUGCACAACCAAAAGAUCCCGGAAGAUUCACAAUUUGCUGCUGCAGAGAAAUUAGGACAGGUCGAACAGUGAUCCAUUUGAUUAGAGUCUUGGUCGUGGUCGGAAUGGCCUGGCUGAGGCGAUGGCAGAGGCUGUCUUCCUAAGGUGGUGAUCCUGGUGGGGUUUGUGUGGAUAUCAUGUCCUUUGCCAAUCCAGUAUGCAGUAUGUGCGACUCAAUAAUUACUCCGUUGCUGCGUUGUUGA